AUGAGUUCAGUGAAAAUGUUGCGGUCACGUCUCAAUGGGAUCCUUUUCAGGCUUACGUUUGAAGAGCAUGUGAACAAUAUCAAACCUGACAUUAUGGCAGUUACACUGGCUUGUGAAGAGCUGAAGAAGAGUGAAAGCUUUAGUAAGCUCUUAGAGUUAGUGCUGUUCCUUGGAAACUACAUGAACUCUGGCUCCCGAAACGCACAAUCUCUUGGUUUUAACAUCAGUUUUCUUUGCAAGAUUCGAGAUACUAAAUCAUCAGAUCAGAAAACAACCCUAUUGCAUUUUCUAGCCGAAAUCUGUGAGGAGAAUUACCGGGACAUCUUAAAGUUUCCAGAUGAAUUGCAGCAUGUUGAGAGUGCAAGUAAAGUUUCAGCUCAGACUCUGAAGAGCAACCUUGAUUCGAUGAACCAUCAGAUCCAGCGCCUAGAAAAUGACAUUAAGAAUUUCCCUAAAACACAAGAUGAGCACGAUAAGUUUGUAGAAAAGAUGACCAUAUCCUUUUUGCACGUCUUUGUUGGUGAUCUGAACAUUCUGAUCAUCUGGCUAA